ACCUUUUACUUUGAUCUUUCUUUUAGACUGUGUUUUCUUCAUUUUUAUUGUAUAAAGUCAUGAUCUUGAAAUUAGUCCUAGUUGGGUUUGCUUCAAUUUUGUUGUUCUCUUUUUUGGACCUUCAAGCUUUGGUUUGUAUUGGAUGUUUUUGCUGUACAUUCUAGAAACUAGAGAUUUGUUAGGUAGGAAAUUGGGAAUUUUAAUGAUCUGUUUUCUCUUUGUUUUGUGGUGAACUUUCGUAUCAAUUUGUUGAAUUGCAGGGAGAUCAAAGGUGGAAAAAUUUGAAGAAAGGGUGGAAAGUAGAAAAAGAUGGCUAAUAAUGCAGCAGCUUGUGCAGAAAGGGCAACAAGUGAUAUGCUGAUUGGUCCAGACUGGGCUAUAAACAUUGAGCUUUGUGAUAUUAUCAACAUGAAUCCUGGACAAGCAAAGGAUGCUCUUAAGAUUAUCAAGAAACGUUUAGGGAGUAAAAAUCCGAAAAUACAGCUCCUUACCCUAUUUGUUCUCGAGACCCUGAGCAAAAAUUGUGGAGAGAAUGUGUUUCAGCAAAUUGUGGAGCGGGACAUUUUAAAGGACAUGGUCAAAAUUGUGAAGAAGAAGCCUGAUUUAAAUGUGAGGGAGAAGAUUUUGAUUUUGAUAGAUUCAUGGCAAGAAGCUUUGGGAGGGCCAGGGGGAAGAUUUCCCCAUUAUUACGCUGCAUAUAAUGAGCUGAAGGCAUAUGGUGUAGAGUUUCCACCUCGAGAGGAAAAUAGUGUACCUUUAUUUACACCACCACAAACGCAGCCAAUAGUCCACAUGCCUUCAGCUUAUGAGGAGGCUGCAGUUGAGGCCUCUCUUGAAUCAGAUCCUUCUGGACUCAGUGUUUCGGAGAUUCAAACUGCUGAGGGACUAGCAGAUGUUCUAACGGAGAUGCUUGGUGCAUUGGAUCCAAAAAAUCCUCAGGCCGUAAAGGAGGAGGUGAUCGCCGAUCUUGUCGAACAGUGUCGUGCUUACCAAAAGCGUGUUAUGAUUCUUGUGAACAACACAGUAGACGAGGAUCUGCUGUGUAAAGGAUUGGCACUCAAUGAUGACUUGCAGCGAGUUCUUCGUAGACAUGAUGAUAUUGCCAAUGGAACCUCAACAAUUGUACAGCCCAGAGAAACUCCUGUUGCACCCCUCAUGAAUGUGAAUCAUGAGGAUGAUGAGUCAGAAGAUGAUUUCUCUCAUUUAGCACGGAGAUCUUCAAGGGAUCCAUCGCAGGCACAGGGGCGGAAGACUGUUGAUGUAAAGAGUGAACCUAUGCGAAUUACCCCUACUCUUCCUCCCCCACCUUCAUCAAGGAAACCAGUUUCUACUGAUGCGGGAAUGGUUGAUUAUCUCAGUGGUGACAGGUUUGAAUCUGAAAGAUCUUUUGGAACAGCAGGAUCCUCACCUAUUGCUGUUUCAACUAAUUCAAACAAUGUGAGCUCCAUCCCGCGAUCAAGUCCCAAGCCUUCUUCAUCCGCACCCCCUUCGGAUGAUUUGCUAAACCCAACAGCUGAUGAUGAUUUCGUGAACCCCACUGCAUCCUUGUUUACUGGAAAAAGCAACAAUGGCGAAUCUGAUACAAAAGCCAAAUCUGCUGAUCACUUGCCUCCAGCACCUUGGGAUGCUCCUCCUCCUACCACGCUCCCUCCACCACCGGCCAGAUAUAAUCAGAGACAGCAGUACUUUGAGAAAAAUGUUUUUGGUGGUGGAUCGAGUUCUUAUGAUAGCUUAGUUGGACAAACAAAGAAUCUUUCCAUUAACUCUUCGUCGCCAUCCAAACAAGAGAAACCUGAGGACGCACUGUUCAAAGAUCUUGUUGAUUUUGCAAAAGCCAAGUCUUCGUCAUCGUCAAACCAAUCCAAUAGAUCAUUUUAAGUGAUUGUAAUGGAUAUGAAUAAUUUGUGGUGGUAUAUAUCAGCUUUUACAUCUUGUAGACAAUAAAUGUUAAAGAGAACUGGGUUCAUGGAUUACUGGAGCUGCUCCCUCUGCUUUAUUUUCAGUUGUGAACCUUGGGCUUUCAGCUCCAAGGUGAGUGAUAGUGUAGCCGACAUGAGAUUUACAGUUUGGUUAUUAUGUAUUCUUUUCUUCCUUUUAAAUUGGUUUGUAAUCAUAACAAUACUUGGGUUCUACUAUCUCUCAAUUAGUAGGGAUGAUCGUCUACGACUA